GUGGUGGAGUUCUAUGUGGCACUGAAAUUCUCCUUGGGUGURUUUUUUUCAAUACAACCAUUUGAAAUAUUUGCACAAAGAAAGUAGGUGCAAGUGAUUGUUUCUACAGGCUUGAAAAAUCAGAAGAGGGAGUUCAAGAAACCUCAAUCCGUUGCUGAGAGACCCAGCGGAUUUUCUUUCAGUGAUGUGUGAACGCAGAAGGAUGGAAAAAUAAGUAACUUGUGUGGAAAAAGUCUUUUCCUGGCCGAGGUCUUUUAGCCGAGUGGACUCCCAAGCGCAUGCUGGAGAACAUUACAAAGUGUCCUUAUAGUGAUCCGUGAGUAUCCCCAAAGACCUCAAGCCUUUUGUUAUCCCACGUAAUAGGGAACAGAACGUAGGAAAGAUGCCAACUCAGCCUCUCUUGGCAUACAUGGAUGGACCGGAUGGAAUAGCCAGCACUGUUGGUGCACAGAUGGAGAAUAACGAUGCCUCAAUGACAAUAAAAGGAACAAAUACAAUUUCCUACAAAAGCUUGCAAGAGAAGUUUCUAAUGCAAGCUGAGGGCUGCAUGCCUCUGGACUGCAUGUUUUGUGAUGAGUCUUUUAAGCAUCCGGAAGAGCUUGGUAAGCAUGUUUUAACACAGCAUAGGCCCACCCUUUGUGAACCAGCUGUCCUGCGUGUUGAAGCAGAGUAUCUCAGUCGUCUAGAUAAAUGUCAAGUAAGAACAAAUCUGUCCUUGCCAAACAAUGAGAAGGACAGCGAAGAACUUAGUUGUGAGGUUUGCGGACAAACGUUUGAUGAGGCUUUUGAUGUUGAAGCACACAUGAAAAAGCAUAAAGACUCUUUCACGUAUUGGUGUAAUGUAUGUGGAAGAAGAUUUAAAGAGCCGUGGUUCCUUAAAAAUCACAUGAGAACACAUACUGGGAAGCCGGGUUCCAGAAACAAGCUCCAACAAGGGUCCGAAAGCCCCAUAACAAUAAAUGAGGUGGUGCAGGAGCACGUAACUGAAAAUGUAACGUCACCUUACAAAAUUUGUAUGGUUUGUGGUUUCCUAUUUCUCAAUAAAGAGACUUUAAUUGAGCACAGUAAAGUGCACACCAAAGAAUCAGUACCCAAUGGUGAAAGCCCCCAAGUGACUAGUGAGUCUAAUCRAGAAGAAACUUCUCAAAGAGAAGAAUUUCUGCGAUUCUUGAACUUGAGACCAAACUUGGAUCCAGAAAAUGACAAAUCACAAAAGCCUGUGAAAUGGAUAGCUGAACUAGAUCCAUUCAACACAUAUCAAGCAUGGCAGCUGGCUACCAAAGGUAAAGUUGCAGUUGGCCAUGGCCAGAUUAAAGAACCGGGCCAAGAAGGAAGUACAGACAAUGAUGAUUCAUCUUCUGAUAAAGAAGAACUCGGUGAAAUUUGGAAUGCAAAUAAAGGUAGCCAGGCUGAAACUACAGGGAAGUCAAAAGUAACCAAGAACAACAGCUAUACAGGGAAUAGUAACUUAGCCCAAGACAAAUUAAAGCAUCCUGGUGAAGUGCCUUCUAUGGAAAUGGAUUCUAAACUGUCCCAAAACAAAGAGAAACCGACCCACUGUUCCGAGUGCGGCAAGGCCUUCAGAACGUACCACCAGCUAGUCCUGCACUCCAGAGUGCACAAGAGAGACAGGCGGACGGACGGGGAGACUGCAGCUGUGUCCAGGUCCUGCUGCGCUGGCAUGAUUGUAGGUUUGGAUGAAAAUGGAGCAGUGGAAGGAGGCUCUGAAGAUGGAUCUGAGGAUGGGCUUCCGGAAACGCUUAAUUUGGAUAAAAAUGAAGAUGGUUUGGAAAGAGCAAAAGUUAAAAACCUUGGAGCCUCCAGAGAAUGCAGCUAUUGUGGAAAGUAUUUUCGCUCAAAUUAUUACCUCAAUAUUCAUCUCAGAACUCAUACAGGUGAAAAACCGUACAAAUGUGAAUUCUGUGAGUAUGCAGCAGCACAGAAAACUUCACUGAGGUAUCAUUUAGAGAGGCAUCACAAGGACAAGCAAGCUGAUAGUGCAGCAGACGUGAAAAAUGACAGCAAAGUCUCCUUGCAGAGUCAGGAGACGGAGCUCUUGCUGGCUGCUCGUGGUGCUCAAGAAACCAAAAAUUUGAAGAGGCUUUUUGAUGGUGCCAAAGAYGCUGAGGGCUGCCCACCUGCAAAGCAGCAGAAGGAAAUUCUGUCCUUGAAUAAUGCAAUAGGCAGCAAUGUCCUGUUACGAAUGAAAAAUGAUUCUAGGGACUCAAACAAAGGUUCAGUUUGUAACGGUUCGAAUCAAAUGCACGAGAACUUGUCUGCUCCCUAUCCGGAAAAGGUAAAGGCUGAGAAGGAGACGAAGGAGGCUCAGCCCAUGGGUCCUCAUAAGAGAGAGGAGGCUUCUGUGGCAUCAGAGGGCGAUGAUGUCCAGUAUGUUUGUGCUUUAAAGGAUGGAAAAAAUGUGAAUGAUGUGCGAGAGUGCACAGAAAACUACAAACACAAACAUAUGGUGGACUAUCAAGAGAAACCCCUGAACUUGUCUGUUGGGACUUCACAAGACUCGGCGGUUUCAGCUGCUCGAGGCCUGCUGGCACCCAGCACGUGUCCGUUCUGUUCGUACCGAACCUUUUACCCCGAAGUCCUAAUGAUGCACCAGAGGCUGAUGCACAAAUACAAUCCUGACACCGUUAACAAAAACGGCUAUAGGAGCAAGGCUCUAGCUAAAGCCAGACGCACUGGAUGCCCUCCAGCCCUGCUUGGUAAAGACGUGCUUCCUCUGUCCUGUAAUCCGCAUAAAAAUAAGGUUUCCCCAUCUGUACAACAAAAACUGUUGCAAACAGGGAAAGCCAAACAGUGUCACCCUGCACAGAACAAAGUCCCUCACUUUUCAGUGACUGACUCGAGCAGCACAGCCCCGAGUAACCUCAAGUUUCAUAAGCAGCCAAGUAAGGUUGGAGCUCAGGCAAAUAACUAUAGACAACCUCAGCAAGAAAUGCACUCCAGUUCCAGUAUCUCUCCAGUAUUGGACAGAGUAAAAAGAUCCGAAUCUAAAGUAAAAGCUCUCAGUGUGCCGGUGUCUCAGGCUGGUGUGGUCAGCAGCAGUCUGAAUGGGGCGCUCGACUCUCACCUCAGCGAACCUGCCUGGCCGUGUCAUCGAGGAAGAGACUAUCUGUGUAGUAAAUCUGUGGGCAAUGUAAAUCUAGAGUAUGGUGAGACAUCUUCUAAAAGAAUGAAACCUAAUCUGUUAGCUAUUGACCAUAUUGACUCUGCAAUGGCUAAUUACAGAAGAUACGAAAUGAGCAGAUUUCGGGUUGCAAACAGAUAUGCAAAUCUGCUACCUCAGGAAUGUUCUCGCACCAAACCUUCAUCCUCUGUUUUGCCAACCAAACAAGGGCUUCUGAAUUCAGAUGAUGUUGAUCCUCCUAAUGUAUUGACUGUUCUCAAACCUUAUGAGCCAUAUAGCCCUGGAUCACUUUACAGUUCUUGUGGAUCUAGCAAUGGCCAAGUAACCAGCUCUACAGUAGAAGGAAAGAGGUCUGUGUCAUACCAACACUUAUCUAACAGCAUGCUGCAAAAGCGGAGUUACGAAAGUCUUAUUGGCAAUGCACACUUUCGACCAAGCAACAAGAAGACUUGAUCAUUUACUUCAAGAAAAGGUCUUGAGGACACAAGUGCAUGUGCUAUGGAGUUACACCUGCAGUUCAUCCCUUGAGAAAAAAUGAAUGGUGAAAGCUACUGAACUAAGCUGUGAUUGUACUGUAUAUAAUAACACUACAGUUUUAUAGUACUGGUUCUGUUAACAUUUUGUACCAAAUAGCCAUAAAAGGUAGUCUAAACAAUUGGGUUAUGAAGGUGCGUGGAGAAUGUAUAUCUUGACAGUGACUUUGAAUAUUUUUCAUUAGAAUUAAUUGACCAAAUAUUAGGUAGGAAUUAUAUUUUUACAUACUUGAGCGCUGCUGAAAAGARUUUCUCUUGAAAGAAUAUAUAAUCCUUGCACCUCAGGUAAACUGUAAAUACUGAAGCUGAAAUCCUGUUGGCUUAAUGCUCCUUUUCAUAAGGGUGWAAGUUUCUCAUCUGUGUGUUUUUUCUGUUGAACUAUGUUAGUUUUUUUUUCAAACCAACUUCCAAAUAAACGGUCUGAAACUGUUCAGUUUAUACAUGUUGUGAACAUCAAGCAAUGGUGCUGACGUUUUGCUGAUCUGCCUUGUAUGCGUUAAGACCCCGAUGUGUUGGAGGGAUCUGUUUCCCGGGAGUUUUCCAGCAUGUUUUUAAAAGCAGGGAUGAAGCAAUGCUUGACACUUGGAUUUGCCAGCGUGGUUCCUCAAAUGCAGUUGGAUUCUUGUCCUGGUGUUGGUUGCUGUUGUYGAGAGAAGUCUCUUAAAGGAACAUCUCUAGCAGCCUAAGGAAAAUUUUAUGGCAGAAGAUAUGUAGGUCUUGUGUGAGGAACGAUACUAAUAAAAAUGCCUCAAAUGUUUAGGUUUCUACUAAACUCAGUACAGUUACAUUAAGAGGAGAACUACYUUGCACCUUUGUCCAAACUAUAAAGUCACGAACAAACAGGCUUGCAAGAGGCGUAUGGGAUCCAUAGACUUUAGAAAGGGAUGUGGCUCUGGUGUAGCCUGCUUGACUGUGCUUGAAAGCUUCUUGAUGUCUGUUUUUAGCAUCUACUGGGUGUUUGACAUAAGGAAUAACCUGUUGAUGGCAGAAUCUCUCCUUUUUAUUUUUAUUUUUUGUGAAGACAACAGGAGUUUUCUCUAAUGCACAUGCAGUUUAAUCUUUGUAAAGGGAAGAUGGCCAGUUACCAGCCAGUAAAGCAGAAUUGUUGCGUAUUUUGACUUGCCUUCCCAGUUGCUUCUUGUGAAGCCUGUAGUUAACAGUUGAUUUCUUCUGUACCUGGCUUCGACUUCCAUGUAUUUUAGUAAAACAAAAAAUGAAAAAUUUUGCACUGUUCAUCUUGCUCUCUUCCCUCGUACAGCAAAUGUAAAAUAGCAAAACCUAGAAACUCUUGUGUUUUCAUUAUGCAACUUGAUAUGYUCUAGUUGUAUGUCUUAGUUCCUGUAUAUGGGACCUAAUUUUAAUAUCUCUGUAAACUGGCGAUGUAAUGAAGUGCUGUGCAUCAGGAAAUUGUACACUAUUUACCUUUUUUCCUGUUCAUAAGCUGAGCCAUAUGUACAUAAUCUAGAUUUUUGUUUUCCUAGUUUUGCACUUUUAUAGCCUAUUUUUUGAAGAUGAAUUCACUUGGAAAAUGGUUAAUCUAUUUUUUUGCGUGAUCUUUCAAUGAGUCUUAUAGAWUGCAUGCUGUAACUAUCAUCUAUACGCCUUACAGGGCUCUGUGGUUAAACGUGCAGGGCUGUGUGAAGAUGUUUAAGCAAACAGGCUUGUGACCUGUUUGUUUGUUUUUAAUCUCCCUUCAUGCUGGUACACUUCCCCCCAGGGCUCUUUUGUAAAAAUAACUUGGGGAUGGAAUGGAAAAAUGGACAUGAAGACUCUAUUUCAUGGCAACAUGGCCCUGUACUUCAGAAUACACUUUGCCCAUCAGUAUUAACUAUUGGGAUACUACUGGUUUUGUAUGUUUCUUUGGAGAUAACAGUGCGUACAUAGAGGUACAAGUUGUUGAUUUUCUUU